UACGCUGACUCUCAAGUCAACCGCGCGUCGACGUUCCUACAGCAUCGUAUUUGAGGCUCUUCCAACUAUCGUCACUCUUUACCUGGCUCCAUACGAGAUGGGCACCCUGAUUGCGCUCCGGAAUUUCGUGGUUCUGGCCAUCCGCCCGGCGGUCUACAGCCUUAUAUGUUGCUACCUCUUCCUCAUCAACCGCCUGUCUAGGUACGGCUGUGAUCGACCGGCCGUCAAGGUUGCACUGCUGGUCGUACCUGCUGUCCUCGGCCUUGCGUGGCAAGCAACCGUCUCCAUAAAUGUCCCAGAGCCCUAUCUCGACGAAGUCUUCCACAUUCCUCAAGCGCAGAAGUACUGCGAAUCAAAAUGGCUCGAGUGGGAUGACAAAAUCACAACGCCUCCUGGGCUGUAUGCUGUUAGCUUGCUGAUCCACAGAGCCCUGUGGUUCAUGAACGGGACGUGCUCCGAAACCAGCCUGCGCAUGACGAACUGGGUCGCCAUAAUCGUCCUUACUUUUACCGCGGCCGACUGCCGGCGGCUAAUCGAGACGAAGCUUGCUGAGCGGCGGGAACGUCAACCUCAGCCCUCCUCCCUCAGCUUCCAUGCCAUCCACACAGGCAUAAACAUCGGACUGUUUCCGCUCUUGUUCUUCUUCUCUGCAUUAUACUACACCGAUGUCUUCUCCACUUUGACGGUCCUCUUUGCCUUUCAAAAUCACUUGGAGCGGGUUAGCACGAACGGGAAGGCGUGGCGGAAUGAUUUGUUCGUCAUCUUGCUCGGCGUUGCUUCUCUAUUCAUGAGGCAGACCAAUGUCUUCUGGGUCGUCGUAUUCAUGGGUGGUCUAGAAGCUGUCGAGGCUGCAAAAGCUGUGCCUAUGGUCGAGACCAAGCCACCAAGACAGGAUGACUUGAUGGCGAACAUCACAUACUUUGUGUGGAGAUCCUCACUUGGAGAGAUUCAUGACCCUGCGUUGAGUCAGGCCUCUCUGGAUGAUGCGCUCUGUUGCGUUGUCAGUAUCGCCAUCGCAGUUGUCUGCAAUCCACUCCGGGUCGUCAGACAGGUAUGGGCUCACGUCGCCGUGAUGGGCCUUUUCGCGGCAUUUGUGCUCUGGAAUGGCAGUGUUGUCCUCGGAGAUAAGACAAAUCAUGUCGCGACAGUCCAUGUUCCUCAGAUGCUCUACAUUUGGCCGCUGUUUGCUUUCUUCUCCGCGCCUCUUCUCCUUCCAUUCUUGCCGUGGCCAUUCGCUCCCCAAUCUGGCCCCAGCUCAACGGCAAGUAGUCACACGCGGUCUGAGACAAAGAACUCGCGUAAUCGAUACAUCACGCCCUUGAACAUUGCAAGCUACGCCUCCCUAGCCUUAGGAGCGUUGGUCAUCGUGCAUUUGAACACUAUCGUCCACCCCUUCACACUUGCGGACAACAGACACUACAUGUUUUACGUGUUCCGCUACACCAUCCUUCGCGGACGGUGGGUGCGCUAUAGCCUAGUCCCGGCUUAUGUCUUGUGUUGGAGCAUCUGUUGGAAAACGCUUGGGGGAUCUCAGAACACGCAGAGUGCUGCAAUUUCUACCGGGGACAAUCGGCCUCCGCCGGGGAAAGAGGGCAAAGUGUCGGGCACGGAAAAUGUCAAGCUCAAAGCGGCGCCCACGGACGCCACUCUCUCUAUCGAAGGCCCAAAUCUCUCGACCGCUCUUCUCUGGCUGCUCGCCACAGCUCUUUCCCUCAUCACCGCACCGCUCGUGGAACCGAGGUAUUUCAUCAUGCCGUGGGUAUUCUGGCGGCUCCUUGCGCCCGCAUGGCCAGCCUACUUACCCUUGGUUUCAUCAAGGAGAGGUGAAGGUAGUGGCCCCGGCCAACUAGUGCAAUCCAUUCUGUCAACCGGCCAGAGAUUCGACCUACGUCUUUUCGUAGAGACGGCAUGGUUCCUGGUGGUACACUUGGCCACGGCGUACAUGUUUAUCACCAGGCCGUACUACUGGAAAGCUGAGGAUGGCUCGCUGCUCGAUGGCGGCCGCCUUCAGAGGUUCAUGUGGUAGUGGACUGCCAGGGGCUGGGUUUGGCCGGCUCGUCAGCAGAUAUAUAGGUUUUGGCCGUGUAUGGUAUCGUGAGGGUAUAUAAUUAAUGCAUAGCAGUGAUAUUCGCCCUCUCGUCUCGUGAACAGACGCUUUCUACUUCGGAUGGCAACAGGCUCUGAGCAUACCCUAUUCUCGUCGAUAUUUCCUGAUCACUGUCAUCUAACAUUGUCCUGUUCUGAUGAUAGGAAAGCAAGGUGCAAAGUUGUAUGAUGGGGUAAGGCCGGCUUACUCGAAAUAUGUGUUCAGUGCGUCCUCACGAGUGACAGUAAAUUCACAGGUUCCGCGGGUAACCAGGUCAGCGAAACCAAUGCCCUGUGAGUUGUAGCCGUUGACCUUCCAGUAGCCCGGUCGGGCCUUCAUGAAAUUCACAAGCUCUUGGCAGUCCGCUUUGAAGAUGUCAUCCUUCCCUUCUGGGUGGGUAUCUGUGUUGCCGCACAGCUCUUGCUCGUCGUCUUCGUCCAGAUGAUACCAGGUCAGGGACCUCGCGAGCGCCUCAGCUUGUGUGAGGUGGAGUGCCUCCAGGGUUUGGCUGAGUAUCAUGGAUUUGUUCUGAGCCAGGGUGCCCAGGGCGAUGGUUAGGAGGGUGAGGAGGGUGUUUG